AUGGCCGAUCAGGUGCAACGCCCUUCUGCUGUUAAACGGCCUUAUCAGCCGCCCGUGCCCGCUGAGGACCCGCCCGUGAACAAUGACGAGGACGGCGCGGAUGAGGAUGAUGACGAUAACGAAUCCGAAAAUGACGAACCGGCUCCGAAGCGAGUUCGUGGUAGGGCCAGCGCUUUUAAGUGUGUCCGCGGCGGUCCCGCAGCUGCUAACGUGGUGUAG